AUGCCUCGGAAAUUCCUCGAGACGUCAGUGACGACAUUUGGAUCUCUGUUGAUUCUUGCCCUGGGUGGCUACUCAUACCACAUUUACUACAAAAGCCUGGUCCUGGAUAAGAUCAACAACGCGUUUUCCAGUGGGUUCUCCACGCUGGAGCUAGCCGCACUGUCUCAGCACGGAGUACCGCCAGAGCCAGGGGAGGAGCCGGUGCAAGAUGAAUUGCGGUUCAAGGUCUUGCGACCGGAGCAGACGACGAUUGAUUCUAUCGUGACGGGCAAAAUUCGAGGAAGUUACUACCUACUCUUCGGCGAAAAGGGGACCGGGAAGACGACGAUGCUGCUUGACGCCAUGCGAAAGGUCCAGGGGAGCGGAGUGGCUAUGUUAGAGGCGCAUAGCGAUCUUGAAGUCUUUCGACUACGCCUAGGUAAAGCAUUGGACUAUGAAUACCACGAAGACUACAUCGGAGGGUUGUUUAAUAUACGUGGACCCCGCGAGGCGACACCCCUUUUGGAUAUCGAGCGAGCGUUGAAUAAACUUGAAAAGGUUGCGCUGAAACGAAAGUCCAAGCUGAACAAACCGCUCACACUCAUUAUCAACAAUAUCCACUUUCUCCCUGACAGCGCCGAAGGUCAGCAUCUACUCACCCUCCUACAGCAGCGCGCGGAGCUAUGGGCAGCUAGCGAGCUCGUCACUCUUGUUUUCACGAGCGACGAGUACCGCACGACAGAGACCUUUCGCCCACAUGCAACGCGCAUGCAGGUGCUCAAUGUCCGCGACGUCCCAAAAGAAAUGGCCAUCCCGGCGUUGCAGACAUACCGACAGGCUAAAUUCCAGGAGACCGUGUCGGAGGAUAUCCUAUCGCAAGCCUAUGACCGCGUAGGCGGAAGGCUAAUAUUUCUAGAGCAAGUAGCUCGAUCCAGGGAUAUCCUUCGAAUGUGCGAGUCGAUCUGCGAAAAGGAAAAGCGCUGGCUUCUCUCCCAAUGUUGGAUUCUAGGUGCGGAAAUGGAUGACAAGGCUGAAGAACAGCAGGAUUACUGCCAUGCUGCUAUGCUCCUAGCGAAAGCGCUCGUUGAGUUAGAAAACAAGGCCGUCCAACCCACAGGCGGGGCCAACAUACCGGGAAUGCCGAUACACAAAGUACAGGAGCUCAUGACGCGAUCUGAUUUUCUCCACAAGCUGGACCAAAUGAAUAUAUUCGCCAUCGAUGCAAAUGGCGUAGUCAAGGCUGACUCGGUUCCGAUGCAAAACGCCUUCCGGGCAGUAACUAGCGACCCGGCAUUUGAAGAACAUCUGGAGGCCACGACUGAGCGGCUCGAUGAGCUGGAGGGGCUUGGACGAACCACAGAAUUGACCAUGAAGGACUUGGUUAGCGGUCAAUAUGCUGUUGUGACGAAGGGGGUAAGAGGCCAAGAAGACACCACUUUUGUGGUUAAGAGAAUGUAG